AUCAGAGCCUCCAAGAUGAAAAUCCAUCACUCUUUUAUCAUCUUCUUCUUCCUCUCACUGCAGGAUGGAAACACUGGUUUCAUCAAAAAAGAAAUCCCAGUCCGCACAGGAACUGAAGGAGGAAACAUCACAGUUGGAUGCUCCUUCGUCUUCAUCUUCUCUAGAGAAAGAAAGGUCUUAUGUAAGGAAAAAUGUGAAGGAAAAGACAUUCUUAUUGAAACAACUGACAACAGAGCUCAGCGAGGCAGAUACAGCAUUGAAUAUAAAGAAGGAUCCUUUGGCUUAUCUUCAUCAGUUCUGUAUGUGAGCAUCACAAAGCUGACUAAGUCUGACUCAGGGCGGUACAGAUGUUGGUUGGACAGACGUUUUCUUCUAGAUUCAAGCAAGGACUUUGAGCUCAGAGUUGAAGAUGCUCCAACCGCUUCAAAACCAAACUGGAAAACCACCACCAAAGCACCUUUUACACCAUCAGUCCCAUCAGCCUCCACACCGACAACAACACAGAGUUUAAGCUCCAGUUCAGGAAGCUCCACACCUUCAUCAUCCUCCCCUGAAACCACCAACCAGCCUGAACAGCCACAGAGAGCUGCAGGUCCAGGACGAGGGCCAGUAAACUCAAAGAACCUGCUCUGGAAACUGAGUAUGCUAGUGUCACAGAGGCCAACAGAGUGUAUGAGGAGAUCGGAGAGCAGGACAGACAGAGCAGAUCUCCUCCUGCAGAAAUAUCUACAGUGUACACUUAACACUGCAGCCAGUUCUCAGAAGAAAACUUCCAGUAAAUCCACCUACUCUGAGGUGGAUUUCUCCAACGGUGCAGCUGCCUGGCCCCACAGCGCCCCCUGUGGUGAUCUCGUCGUCUACUCUGUGCCUCGGGUUGCAGCGAGCAGCCACGCCGAAGACGCUUCCCCUCCUCUGUACUCUACUGUUAGUUUGCAUCAGCUGUAGCUCCAACGCUGUCGAUGCCACAUUGACUCUCUCAGUGGU